GUGAUCUUCAUUUUGUUCCGGAUUUAUUUUCUCUUUGGAUAUCACAUCACAUUUUUUCUUCUGCAUCUUACCACCCGGAAGUUUCAGUUUUGUGAAAAACCAAAAAAGAAAGUGAAGUGUGUGUGUGUGUGUGUCUCCUUGAAGUGAAUGCAUAGUGUGUGUUUGCUGUCAGUCCGAGUGGCAGUUUGAAGGUGUGUGCCCAUUGAUCCAGAGCAGCAGCAUGUUGCCACCUGUAAAGAAGGACCGGGUCAUUACUCAGCUCCCGACGUGUUUCAGUCCGAAUGCAGCGCUGCAGACCAAAGAUGGCUUCCACCCUCAGGUGAAGGCUGCCUGCGAGGUACAGAAGACAGACAUAGUGAGCCUUAAUAUCGCCAAGGUCAUCGUCGUGGGAGAUGUUGCAGUUGGGAAAACGUGUCUGAUCAGCAGGUUCCGAAAGGGUGCGUUUGAUAAGAACUACAAAGCCACCAUCGGCGUGGACUUUGAGAUGGAGCGUUUCGAGGUGCUCGGUGUUCCCUUCAGCUUCCAGCUGUGGGACACUGCAGGCCAGGAGCGCUUCAAAUGCAUCGCGUCGACAUAUUACAGAGGAGCACAAGCCAUCAUAGUGGUGUUUGACAUGAGCAGCGUGAGCUCUUUAGUACAUGCCAGGAAGUGGCUGGAGGACGCCAUGAGGGAGAAUGACCCGUCCAGUGUUCUGCUGUUCCUUGUCGGCACCAAGAAAGACCUCAGUUCUCCUGAUCAGCUGGUUGAGGUCGAGCAGGAAGCCAUACGGCUCUCUGAGGAAAUCAAAGCGGAGUACUGGGCUGUGUCUGCCAAGUCAGGAGACGGUGUCCAGGACUUCUUCUUCCGUGUGGCCUCUCUGACAUUUGAGGCAAACGUUUUGUCCGAGAUCGAGAAAAGUAGCUCGAGGCACGUCAGCGACAUUAUCAGACUCACAGACCGGAGAGAGGCCGAUAACACGGCGACCAAGAGGAGUUCCGACUGCUGCCGAUGAGCGAGAGCGGCACGCUGAAGGGGCAAAUUAAAACCGUGGAUGUCACGAGUCGACCCCGUCAAUCGUGCAUAUCUAAUAUCUGUAAAGGUUGUGUUUGUGUUGUUCUGCAAAGAGCCGGAGAGGAGGUUGUACAUAAUGAAUUCUGAGUCCAGGCUGUAACCAACAAGAAGUCCUCUCAGGAAUGUUUGCACUGCUGGCCGGGGUCACAACGAAUAAAGCGCCGCGAGACGCUCGUCUACAUUUUGAUCUCGAAAGACAUAAUUCGGUGAGAUUUUUUUUUCUUCUUACUUUUCUAAACAGGAUCCGUCUGUGGCAACUUUUUCUCUCACACAUUGGGAGGAAAUAUGAGCAGCACACUUGUGUGUUUUAUUGGUUUCCUCACUGGCCCCCUAGUCAUGUGUCUUUGCUGCUAACAUGUUGCAUACGAUGCGUCUCAUGACCGCAGUCAUCCUCACGACUCCUCGGAGAGAACCGUCCCCGUGAUCGAGAAGGAGGAGGGAUUGUUUCCAGGGACAGAAACAAGCAGGAAGUUAACAUCUGAGACAAAUGCAUUUCCUCCAUAAAGCUGAAUUAAUUCUCUCAGCUACUAUCAAACACACACUUUUAUAUCAGCUCAUUGCAACGUGAAUAAAGUGAUUUUGAUCAAG